UGCUCGCUCUCUCUCUCUCAUUCAUUCCUACGCAUAGGCUCACGCGCUGGCUGUCUCCUCUAUUUCUCUCUCAGAAUGACACUUCUAAGUAGAGCUUUGGGUAUGCUUUUCUAUUUACUUCAAGCCGUUUCUGGAGAAAGUGGCUAUGCAGAAAAUGGAGAUUUUGAUGACACAGAACUGGAUGACUACUCAUUCUCAUGCUACAGUCAGCUGGAAGUGGAUGGACUCCAGCACUUGCUGACCUGCACGUUUGAUGACUCGGACAUCAACAGCACCAAUCUGGAACUUGAAAUAUGUGGGGCGCUUUUGGAUGUAUAUUGCCUGAAUUUUAAUAAACUGCAAGAGAGGUAUUUCCUCAAGACAAAGAAAUUCUUACUGAUUGGAGACAGUAAAAUAUGUGUGAAGCUUGAAAAAAAGAACAUGACUUGCAGAAAAGUGAACAUAGUCAAGAUAGUUAAACCUGAGGCUCCUUUUGAUGUCAGAGUCAUCUAUCGUGAAGGAGCAAAUGACUUUGUGGUGACAUUUAAUACAUCACACUUGCAGAAGAAGUAUGUGAAAGUAUUAAUACAUGAGGUAGCCUACCGUCAGGAAAAAAAUGAAAAUAAUUGGAUGCGUGUGAAUUUAACCAGUACCAAGCUGACACUCCUACAGAGGAAACUGCAACCCAAUGCCAUGUAUGAGAUUAAAGUUCGGUCCAUCCCUUACGCCAACUAUUUUGAAGGCUUCUGGAGUGAAUGGAGUCCAAGUUUCCACUUUAGAACUCCAGAGACCAAUGGCACAGGGGAGACGGAUCCUGUGUUACUAACUAUCAGCAUUCUGAGCUUCUUCUCUGUGGCUCUGAUGGUCACUCUGGCCUGUGUGUUAUGGAAAAAAAGAAUUAAGCCUAUCAUAUGGCCCAGUCUCCCUGAUCAUAAGAAGACUCUGGAACAACUGUGCAAGAAACCAAAAAAAAAUUUGAAUGUGAGUUUCAAUCCUGAAAGUUUCCUGGACUGCCAGAUUCAUAAGGUGGAUGGCAUUCAAGCUAGAGAUGAAGCAGAAGGCUUCCUGCAAGACCCUCUUUCUCUGCAGCUGGAGGAGAGUGAGAAGCAGAGGUUCAGAGGCAGGAUGCAGGGUCCCAGCUGGCCCUCCGAGCAAGCAGGCAUUACGCCUAAAAUUUUCAGAGGAGAGUCACCAUUCAGAUGCUUGGCUGGGAAUGCCAGUGUGUGUGAUGCCCCUGGGCUUCCCUCCUCCAGGUCUCCUAAUGGCAGGGAAGGUGGCAAGAGCAGACCUCUAGUGUACCAGGACCUGCUCCUCGGACCUGGAACUACAAACAGCUCCCUGUCCCCUUCAUUUCCAUUCCAACCCGGAAUCUUGACAUUAAACCCUGUUGCCCAGGGGCAGCCCAUCCUCACUUCCUUGGGAUCAAGUCAAGAAGAAGCCUAUGUCACCAUGUCCAGCUUCUACCAAAACCAGUGAGUUGUAAGAAACCCAAGAUCAGAACCAUCAUGAUGAACGAAGAUGACUGAGUCCCACUCUCCCCAACAGCACAAACAAACAAAUUGGAUGUGGCCCCUCUAUGUGGUCACAGGAUUCUGAAGCAGCACUUGUGUGGCAGGAGGCAGGAGACAGGGGCAUUCUGUUUCAGGCAACGCAAUGAUUCAUUUCUUUCAGAAAGAAAAAAAGGGAAAGGGGGAAAGAAAGGAUGGAGAAAAUGACAGAGGGUUGGGGGGACAGAAAGGGAGCAAGGGAAGAAAGAGGGAAAGGAGAACAGAGUGUUGGAUACCAUGAUCAGGACUCACUAUGUCCCCAGUGCUGUCCUACACGCUCUGCACAUCUUGUCUCGCUGCGUCUUCACAGUAAUCCUGGGAGGUGGGCUCAAUUAGCAUCAUUCCCUGUGUCUCAGAUGAUGAAACUGUGGCUUUAAUUAAUCUGUCCAUGUUCCCCACUCAGCAAGAGGUAGAAUCAAGAUUUGCUGCCCAGGAGUCUCUUCCAAGGCACAUGCCUUCCUCAGUCAGGGACUGUCCUACUCUCCAGUGCCAAACUUCACCUAGAUCCUGGUCACUCUAUAAUGUACUUGUCUCCAACCUCUUUGGCACCAGAAACUGGAUUCAUGGAAGACAGUCUGUCCAAGGAUGAUGCAGUGGGGGUGGGAAUGGUUUCAGCAUGAUUCAAGUGCAUUGCAUUUAUUUUGCACUUUAUUUCUGUUAUGAUCACAUCAGCUCCACUUCAGAUCAUCAGGCAUUAGAUUAUGGAAGUUGGGGACCCCUGCAUUGUCCAAACUGGGUCAAUUUUGCAAGUGAAAACGAAAGUUAUAAGUUAUCACUCCAGGACAAUAAUUGUAAACUGAAAUAUCCCAGGAAAAUGGGGACCUGUGGUCACUGGAACUAAAAGAGCUACAAGGAAGAUGGUGGGGAGGAAUGGUCUCAUGAUUUAUGAAGCACCACAACUGGCCAUGUCUACAAAAAGCUACAAAGCCCAUUUUAUUCCAUUUUUCUUAACAAGUGCUUAAAGGAGAAUCAACUAGAUGACCAGAAUUUCUAUUGUUACUCACUGUUAGGACCCUCUUGCUCCUCCCACCCAAUGACCUCCCUUGAUAAUGGAAGAACCUCUUACUGACUCUGGACACUGGUGUAUUUGAGCAACGAGCCAGGGCAAACUCUCCUCUGUGUGUAGAGACUCCCCAACCCAAAUACAUCUGCUGUCCCCAAUUUCUACCAGUAUGAAUGCUGCCAAAAACUUCAGGGAGAAGGAAUUACAAGCUCAUGCUGCACACGAGCCAAUUGUGGCCAUGUUUUUGAAGGUUUAGAGAAUAUAUGAUGUGUGUCCUCUUGCAUUACUUGGUCCAGAUAAAUAACUAGAGACUGUCUCAAGCCAAGAUAAGACAGCAGAGCACUCUCAGCUCAGGGCUGUGCAGUUGAUCCCUUUUAAUAGAUCCCCAGACCACCCCCAACACAACCCUGACUCUUGGUGUACACAGACCAAGGACACUGGUCUAAGAUCAAUGUUGUUGUUCGGGAGUUGGUCCUUGUUGUUGUUGUUGUUUACAUUUUGCAUUUUUUCUUUGUUCUGUUUUUAGUUUGUUUGGGUAGAAGACCAAGUGUUUUUAAUUUUUUUUAAUUUUUGUGUUGGUUUUAUUUUGUAAUGUCUCUGAAGGGAGUUCCUCAAAGUGCCUUCCAAGGCCUUUUCUCUGAAUCAGUAGUAAUGACUAUAGUCCCAUAAUCCCUUAGAUUUGCUCAGUGCUUUUGUAAUUUUUCAAAGCACUUCCAUUAUCCAUUAGCAUUAUCCACUUAGUUUUCUUGGUAUGUAUUUAUGGAAAGCUUGCUCUGUGCCAGCCACAGUGGUCAAAGACAAGAUUGGGACCCUGCCCUUAAAUAUCUAAUAAAAGGUAGCUUUACUAUGCUACCUUUAAUAAUGCUGUAAUGGAGGCAUGUUUAAAGUGCCCUGUUGGAAGACAGUCAGGGAAAAUGCCACAAGAAGGGGUGCUCAUCUGUGUGGAGGAAAAGCAGAAUCUGCCUGGCAUGUGAGCAGGAGACAUUUGCCAACAGGUAGACGUGGGGUCUUUACCUUCUGGAGAAAUGUGAACCAAGUCUCAAGGAAUAGGUUAUCACAGGAAACCUCACAAGGUAGCCCUCUUGCACCUUAGUCACAGAGGUCCUGUUUACUUAUUAUCAUUAUCUUUGCCUUAUGUGAAAACUGGUUACAUGGACAGGACAGGUAAGUUACUCAACCUUACAUGUCAAGUUAGGACUGGAAGUCGUAACUUUGUAUCCCUCAUGUAAAUAAAUCAUCCCUCAAAGAAAGAAAGGGAUAGGUCUCAAGGAAGAUCAAGUUCCCUCCAGCUUUAAAAUCCUGUUUUAAUGUUGUUUAAUGCAGAUUAUCAUUUGAAUUCAGUGAGUGAAUGUCUCUGUUACCAGAGUUAUAUAAAAUCUAUGUAUCAUACUCUUAUAAUCAUAACUGCUGCUAAUGCCUGAUUAUGUACUCAGGGACAAUGUAUAAUAUAAGAUGACAAAUUUGUUCUGACCAACUCCCUUUGGGAUUUCAUUAAAACAGAAAAACUCCUGGUCAGAGACAGUGUAUAAAUCAGAGAUGUAAACUGUUAGUUCCUACAACAUGAAAUGAAAAUUGAUAAUUAGGCAGCAAAAUUGGUCAAUUAAAUAACCAUAUCUGAAGCUAGAAGACCCUGGCUUAUUCAACAGACAUUUUACCUUCCAUUCUGAUUUUCAGGGGAAUUGACUUCAGAAAAGUCAGGUAUGGCCUGUUUCUGAUGUGCAUACCUGUGUUUUCAGAGCAUUUCAAAAGAGACUACAAGACUUGGAAUUGACCAGGAAGAUGGUGAGCAUACAUGAUCAGACAGCUAAAAUGAUGCAGAUCGGAUGGCAUUUCUGCCAGUCCAGUGGUUUUUCUUUGAAGGUAUUCUAUAAAAUAUCCAUUGUUCACUACACUGAAAGUCUCUGAUUUGACUGUGUACUUCCACAUGCAUUACAAACAUUCUGCAGAGCUGCUAAGUAUAUUACAUGUAUCCAAUGUGUGUUACAAUCAUAUAUUUAAUUAAAUGCUACAGAACUCU